CAUUCUGCAGGAUGUCUUCACACCAAGGAGGCCGUGCCGGCCUGCGCCGCGGUGACCCCACUACGUUGAGCGGCGGCGCCGGUCGCGGUGGCGGCGGUGACCUCACCGGGAAGGUCAAGGGGUUGGAGGUGGUGGUGGAGGAGAAGGUCAAGGAGGUGGAGGUGGUGAUGAUGGCGGAGAAGGGAAAUGCCGUGGCCGCUGGUGGUGACAGCGCCGGGAAGGUCAAGGGGUUGGAGGUGGUGGUGGAGGAGAAGGGCGAUGAGGUGGAGGUGGUGAUGGUGGAGGAGAAGGGAGAUGUUGUGGCCGCUGGCGGUGACCUCAUCGGGAAGGUCAAGGAGGUGGAGGUGGUGGUGGAGGAGAAGGUCAAGGAGGUGGAGGUGGUGAUGGCGGAGAAGGGAGAUGAGGUGGAGGUGGUAAUGGAGGAGAAGGGAGAUGAGGUGGAAGAUAAGAGUGAGGUGGAGGAUGGGAAGGGUGAGGAGGAGGUGGAGGAUGGGAAGGGUGACGAGUUGGAUAAGAAGGGUGAGGAGGGUGAGGAGGUGGAUGGGAAGGGUGGGGAGGGUGAGGAGGGUGAGGAGGAGGUGGAUGAUGAGGACGAGGAGGUGGGUGACAGUGAGGAGGAGGUGGAGGGUGCGGAGGAGGUGGAGGGUGAGGUGGAUGAGGAUGAGAAGGGUGAGGAGGUGGAGGACGAGGAGGGUGACAGUGAGGAGGUGUUGAUGGCCUCCUCCUCCCACGUCGUCCUCAAGCGCCAGCGGAGCCUCACGGGGCGAGGCAGCCCCACGGAGCAGGAGAGAAAGAG